UGGACUUCCGGUGUGGAUGUUGUGGCGGCGCCAUCUUGCCUGCAGUAGGGUGCCUCUCCCCAUUUGUGUCUCGCGACCCCCCCAGGGGGUCCCGACCAUAGACUGUAAAGACCAUAGACUGUCCCGACCCACACUUUGGGAAGCCCUGGGCUAACUGAUUUCUUUACUACAUGAUAUCUCGUGCGCAAAAAGAUGGAUUCAAGCGAGGACGGGGGCCUCAGUGUUGGGGGCUCAGUGGGAGAGGAGAACUACUUCCUUGGAUACACCUUCACCGACCGCUCCCACUCCAGCCGUGUGGUGAAGAGCAUCAUGGAUCUUUGUCUGGAGGAUGGCUUGUUUGCUGAUGUCACCAUCACCGUGGACAGCAAAGAGUUUCACCUGCACAGGCUUGUGCUCUCUGCACAGAGCAGUUUCUUUCGCUCCAUGUUCACCUCCAACCUCAAAGAGUCCCACAACCGUUCUAUUGAGCUGAAGGAUGUCGGUGCCACUGUCUUUCAGCUGCUGGUUGACUAUAUCUAUCACGGUACGAUUAAACUGAGGGUGGACGAUCUGCAGGACACCUAUGAGAUGGCAGAUAUGUACCAGCUGACUGCGCUCUUUGAGGAAUGCUCCCGUUUCCUCUCAAGGACAGUCGAGGUCAAGAACUGCCUCCAGGUGAUGUGGCUCGCGGACAGACACAGUGACCAGGAGUUGUAUACUGCAGCUAAGCAUUGUGCUAAAAUCCACCUUACCCAGCUGCAUCAGACUGAAGAAUUUCAGAACCUGCCUCUCUGUCUGCUCUUGGACAUCAUCAAAGAUGGAGUUCCGAGCUCCCAGAAUCCAACCUUGGCCAUCGAGUCAUGGAUAAACCACAACAAGGUGGAAAGAGAAGAGUUUUCUUGUAUCCUUCAAGAAAAUCUGAAGGAAAUAGGUGAGAACGUCCACAUUUACCUGAUUGGUAAAGAAGAGACGAGGACUCAUUCCCUGGCUGUGUCACUUCACUGUGAUGAGGACGAUUCCAUCAGCGUGAGUGGACAGAACAGUUUGUGUCAUCAAAUUACUGCGGCCUGUAAACAUGGAGGUGACCUGUAUGUGGUUGGGGGGUCCAUCCCUCGCCGCAUGUGGAAGUGCAACAUGCACACCAUGGACUGGGAGCGCUGCGCCCCACUGCCCAGAGACCGCUUACACCACACCAUGGUCUCUGUCUCCACAGAGGACGCUAUCUACUCGCUAGGAGGCAAGACACUACAGGACACUCUUUCAAAUGCUGUCAUCUUCUACACAGUGAAGGACAACAUGUGGACAGAAACCAGCCAGCUGGACACUGCAGUGUCAGGGGCUGCUGGGGUUAACUUGGGAGGUACUAUCUAUCUGCUCGGAGGGGAAGAGAAUGACAUGGACUUCUUCACGAAGCCAUCUCGACUUAUUCAGUGCUUUGACACUGCCUCUCAGAAGUGUCAGAUCAAACCUUACAUGCUGCCGUUCGCUGGCUGCAUGCACGCUGCGGUUCACAUGGAUGUUAUCUUCAUCGUGGCAGAGGGAGACUCCCUGGUGUGCUACAACCCUCUGCUGGAGAGCUUCACCCGCCUGCGCUUCCCAGAAGUGUGGAGCUGCGUUCCUUCAUUGUGGAAGGUGGCCAGCUGUAAUGGCUGCAUUUACGUCUUCAGGGACAAAUGUAAGAAAGGGGACGCAAACACAUUGAAGUUUAACCCAGCUACAUCUGUGGUCUCUGUCAUCAGAGGGAUAAAGAUCCUCCUCACAAACUGGCAGUUUGUUCUGGCCUGAACUCUCUUCGGGAUGUUCACAGUGUGGUCUUUGAAAUCAGCACAGAGAAUCAGGGAGGACUGCUGGAUAACUGACCAUGACUGUACUGUUCAAACAUCCUGCCCUUUAUUUGUUUACUUAACUUGUUUCUGACUUCAUUAUCAGAGCAGUAAAUACAGCUCAGUGUGUGUGUGUGUGUGUGUGUGUGUGUGUGUGUGUGUGUGUGUGUGUGUGUGUGUGUGUGUGUGUGUGUGUGUGUGUGUGUGUGUGUGUGUGUGUGUGUGUGUGCCACUUUGUCGUCUCAUUGUGAAUCUCUUUAACACUUUGUAGUGAUGCUGUAACCAGUGAUGAAAUAAUCGACAUUGUGUCCUGUGCACUGCUUUUUUUUUGAUACGCAUGAACAACUUUACUGAACAUAAAACUCAGAAAAUGUAAUGAUGUCAAACAUGCAUCAACAUGUUUUCAGACUUUAUAAUCAUUCCAUUUCUUGUCCAAAGAUUGUAUUUUUUGAUGUACAUGUUCAUGUUAAGAUGUCAAAUAUACAUGUAUCACAGUAGCUACAA